CUGCGGCCCAGCAUCGCUGCCACCCAGCUUGACCGGGAGCUGCGGCCGGAGGAGAUUGAAGGCCGCCUUCCAGGAGUUUGACCGAGACCGGGACGGCUACAUCGGCUAUGGGGACCUGGGUGCCUGCAUGCGGACGAUGGGCUACAUGCCCACUGAGAUGGAGCUCAUCGAGAUUUCACAGCAGAUCAGUGGCGGGAAGGUGGACUUUGAAGACUUUGUGGAGCUGAUGGGCCCCAAGCUGCUGGCCGAGACCGCAGACAUGAUUGGCGUCCGGGAGCUGCGGGAUGCCUUCCGAGAGUUUGACACCAAUAGGGAUGGCUGCAUCAGCUUGGGUGAGCUCCGGGCGGCCCUCAAGGUCCUGCUGGGGGAGCGCCUCACCCAGCGGGAGGUGGACGAGAUCCUUCAGGACAUUGACCUCAACGGGGACGGCCUGAUCGACUUUGAAGAGUUUGUGCGAAUGAUGUCUCGCUGAGCCUGCGCAGAAGCUGGACGCAGCGGAGAGGACUUGAGACCACAGCCACUGCCCGCGAGUGUGUUCCUGGAAGACCACUGCCUCCAGCUGGGACCCUCUGCCUCUUCCCCCCAUCCCCCAUCUGUGUGCAAUGCCCUUGCCUGCCCUCACCCACCCCCACUCCCCCACCAAGCCCAUCUCUGUUUCUCUGACAAUAAAGUACCGUCAGACCUGG